GGGAAACCCCAUCUGAGCUUUAGACACACUCAGCUGGAGAUUAGAGCGACGGGCAGCACACAUCAAGGAGACACCAGUCGGGGAUUUACCAACCAGAUGUUUUUUUGCCGUGCUUAGUUGAACUUUUUUUUGUUUGUUUUAAUGCAGAAUGCGACUAUUUUAAGCAAUUUAUGACUAAGAGUAAUGCAGUAAUUCACUGAAGUGGAGACAACUGCAGCACAAACUCAGAUCUACAUUUUUUCAAGUUUUCCUGUGGUGCUAUUAAGACGACAAGAAGUAGUUAAAAUACAGAAAUAGACUAAUUUUGUUUAAUUUUUGUAUGAUAUUUUCCGAGGGGGUCAAUCGAGUCAAAGCAUCACCUUUCAAAGCGCUGUAAUCCCGCCGCUGCUGUUUAAUCCCGCUCAUCCUAAUUUAUUCCCGGCACCAUGAUGUCCAGUGUGCGCCGGCACAGCCUCCGUCUGCAGUCCGAGCUCCACCGCUGGAGCGUCUGCGACCCGGGUAGCCACCUGCUGCCCGACAAUCUCCUAGCCCGGGUCCCCGCCUGCAUCUCCCGCUCCAAGUCCUGCACCAGCUCCGCGGGGGAAUCAGACGGGAGCCGCGGCAGCUGGUCGUCCUCAGACUCGGUCAUUUCCACCGACUCCGCUGAGGGGACCGCGGAACCGGGGAGCCCGUACCGUGUGGUGCUGCUCGGUGCCAGCGGGGUCGGGAAGACGGCGUUUGCAAGCAUCUUUGCCGGAGCUGCAGAUAGUAUGGACAGUGAUGACUGCGAGCUGUGUGGAGGUAAGGAAAAGACUAUCAUUAUACUGGUUAUUACUUAGAAACAGACCUGAAAAUCCAGUGCAUUUUAUAUCAAUUCAUCAUUUUUAUCUAAAAGAGCCAACACCACCACCACCAAUCCCCCUAAGUUCUCCCAUUUUAGUGACAGAGCAGGUGAAGGACAAAAACAAAUCCUUCCCUCAGGCAGAAACGUGGUUCAGAACCACACUCAAUAGUUGCCAGCCAUGGCAUACCAUUAUUAUAUUAAAGAGCACUUAGGGCAUACUUAAAUUUUGAAAAAGGUCAGCAAAGUAUUAACUUUCUAUUUAUUUCUGUUGAAAGCUUUUGUUGUUUUUACCAAAUGUUCAUGAUUUUACUGACACAGACUGUUUCUUGUCUUUUUCAUAUUUACAGAUGAAGUAUGUGAGAGGGAAAUUGAAGUGGAUGGGGAAUCUGCAACUCUUACUGUGCUCGACACUUGGGAUUCAGAGGUAAGAUGGGAAACCUGCGAGAGUGCCAGCAUGCCCUCUACACCACGAAACAUGUCUGACUUUGUGUGUGUUUGUCUUUUACAGACUGGCAUUGAAUGGGCUCAGGAGUGUCCCAUGCAGAGAGGGGAUGCAUACCUGCUGCUCUACUCUGUGACUGACCGGGCAUCAUUCCUGCGAGCCUCAGAGCUCCGGAUAAUCUUGCGCCGCUUUCGUCCUGCUCAACACACACCAAUCAUCCUGGUGGGGAACAAAUGUGACCUGGUGCGACGCAGAGAGGUGUCAGUCAGCGGUGAGUGUGCACAGUCCGUGUCUGUUUGUAUUCACUGUAAGGUUUUCCAUAAAUGCAAGUUUUGAUGUUUGAUCUCUGUUUCAGAGGGUCGGGCCUGUGCUGCUGUGUUUGACUGCAAGUUCAUUGAGACCUCCGCUGCCAUGCAGCAUAACAUCUGGGAGGCCUUCCACGGCAUUGUGCGACAGCUGCGUCUGCGUCGAGACUCCAAGGAGGCCAACAAGCGUCGCAGAGACAAACACUGUAAAACACGCCGUGAGAGCCUCCCAAUGAAGGCCAAACGCUUCCUCGACAAGAUGGUGGCAAAGAACAACCCGAGUGUGGCCUUUUGGCUGAAAUCGAAGUCCUGUCAUGAUCUCUCUGUGCUGUAAGAGCGCAACAGACGCUGGUGUUUUGAAUUUAAAGCCUCUGAGCAGGUGAAAAAGUUUCAGCCUGCAGAACAAAGAUAAGGCUGGGAAUACAGCCGGAACCUUGAGGCCUGAAGGUUUGAGGGUUCAAACCCAGAUCUCAGUGUAUACACAGCCAGUGUGAUGCACAUGGGGGCUGUUUGCAGCAUUUCUGUGCAGAUGUUGCAGUGUGAAGAAGGCUGAGAGGACUGAGCUCAGUUUGUCAGCCUCUGGACUUCUCAGUGGGGGCCUUCCUUUUGUAAAGAGUCUGUGAGGAAAAUUGUCGGUGGUUAAGCAAAGAGACUGACAGAAAGAGACACUUUUUAUACAAUACUUUUUCCUCCUACAGCUCCUUUGCUCUAAUUCCUGACAGAUCUGUCAACUGUUCGUUCCUAAUUGCCAACACUACAAGAAUACUGAUGAUUAAAGUAACAGUAGUUUUAUUUUUUUGGAUUAUAUAGUUGUUACACUUUGUUAUUUAUACUAUGUUGUGUUUUGCACUCAUUAUGAAUUAAUGCAAUAUUGAUAAUGCAGUUUUUUUGCUACUUGUCUGUAGAUUCAUUGUUGCCUAUUUAAAUAAAGUUGUAUAACCCUUAUUAUGGGUAAUAAAA